UGUUAUUUACCACCUCGAUACUUGUUUACCACCCUCAAUACUUGUUUACCACUCAUAAUUCUUGUUUACCACACUCAGCUCUUGUUUGCCACCCACAAUACUUGUGUAACACCCACAAUUCUUGUUUGCCACCCUAAGCUCUCUUUAACAGCCACAAUUCUGGUUUACCACCCUCAGCUCUUGUUCGCCACCCUCGCUUUUUGUUUACCACCAGCAGGUCUAGUUUGCCACCCUCUGUUCCGGUUUACCACCCGCAGAUCUUGUUUACCACUUCCAGCUCUUGUUGACCGCCCUCAGCUCUUGUUUACCAGCCCCAAUACUUGUUUACCACUCACAAUUCUUGUUUGCCAACCUCAACUUUUGUUAACCACCUUAAGCUCUUCUUCACCAGUCGAAGCUCUUGUUGUUAACCAC